UGGGCUACCAGGAAGAACUAGUGUGUUGGUGGCAGUCGACAGUGACGACUGUACAUGUCGACCGGCAGUAACAACACUGGCAUCUUCACAGCAUUUAGUGAACCACAACAUCGUUGCAAUGCGUUCUGAGGUGAUCGGGAUACAGAUGUAAACAUGCACGGGAAGUCUCUACUGGAGUGAUUACAUCGAUGGGAUUAUACAGCAAGAUGCAGCUGUUUCUAUGUGUAUUAUCAACACUAGUGGCCACAGCUAUUGGCAAGUUUGACUGUCGAAGGGACAGCAGCAUGUGUCUCCAUGGCUCCAACUGCAAUGACGUCGACGGAAUCUGUCAGUGCUCUGUACUUUACAGCGGAGUCGACUGCAGCAUCGUUGAAGCUGAAAAAGAACAAAGUCUGUGUGGGUCUAGUCCUUGUUCUAAUGGUGCCACGUGCAGCUCAGACUCGUCAACGUACAAGUGCCAUUGCACGGAAAAUUUCUUCGGGACAAACUGCGAAACUUCAAGAUAUAUCAUCACCUGCACCUCCACGCCGACGCCUCAGAUGACGCUCAGGCUGACGCCGCAAGUCCCCAGCUUUACUGGUAAAAUCUUCGUUGAAGGGAAGGCGAAGACUACGGCAUGUCACAUGACCCUCGUGUCGGGCACGACUCAGACGUACGAACUGACCCUGACCCACACCCACGCCACGUGCGGGAACGCCGUGCACAACGCCAGUACUGACUCUCACACACGGAAGUUUUACGUUUUGUUUGCCAGCGACAGCAUCGUGUUGACGUCAGACGAGGUGGUGACUGCUGUCUGCGACGACACACAGAGCACAGCAGCCAGCUCCCAACUCGGCAUCACCGACAUUGACAGUAUCCUGAGUCCUGUCGGGGUGGACAUGAGCAUCAAAGAUGAAGACGUGGACCUGACGUUGACGGCGUCUGGCAGCCCCAUCUCCAGCAGCGUCAGCUUGGGUGACGACAUCACAGCCACGAUAGAAAUGACAGCCGCUGGCCUCCCCAAGUUUGUCGCCCUCCGCGUGGAAGGUUGUGUGGCCAGCAACACAAUGGCAGGCGGUGACUUCAAGUCAGUCAGAUUCAUCAAUUCCAGUUGUCCGUCCAGCGACGUCGACAACGUCAUGAUACAGAAACCAAGCAAGGUGUCUGAUACCAAGGUGACGUUCAUCUACGAUGCCUUCAAGUUCACCAAUCAGGACGCAGUGUCGGUCACGUGCACUGUCAAGAUGUGCACGGAGAAGUCCACGUGUGCAGCAGUCCAGUGUGGUGGCGAGACGCAGCCCUACUCCGGUAACGGGAGGAAGAAGCGAGGGCUGCAGUCCGACAUUAUCACCAAGAGGACGGUUAGGACGACCUAUCGUGUGCUGACCAGCGGCGUGCAGGGGAACACGAGCAGUACUCCAGUUUGAUUCAAACUCAGACGAGUGUACCAUACAAAAGGAGGCCCAAGCACCAGUAGCUGAGCAAUCCAGGGACAGUGACAAUGGGAGUGAGCAUUCUGUGUCCGACCAUCAGCUGAUUGAUAUCAAGUCCUCAGGAUCAAGUGUGGAAACUUCAGUUGUCAUGCAUGACUAUUGUGGACAAAUUGAAGACCAUGCCACAAGUCAUCUUGUAAACAAGUGUGAACAGGCUAAUUGUUAUCCUUCAGACAUUGAUGCAUCCACUCAGACAGAUAUAUUUGAUAAUUUAUAUGUGACUGUGGCAACUCAAAACCAAAAAUGAUAGAUCUGGAAAUUCAGUGAAGUAAGCAUGACGAAUAAUUUAAACAAGUCUGGUUCAUGUAACUGGACAAAACUAUUAAAGCAUACUGUGGUUCAAUGUCAUUGAUGUGUUGGUGUAAAUAAAAUCGACGAAACCCUUUCUAUAUUCAUAACAUUCACAAACUGACCAUGCAGUAAGCAUGCUCAGGGGAAAAGGCUGUGACUGAUAGUGUAGUGUUUAUGGUAGGUUGAGCAAUAAAAUAAGAUGACUUAAGCUGCAUUUAAUUACGUACAUGAAUUAUACUUAAAAGGUAAAAUACAAGACAUAUUCAAAAUAUGUAACUGCCACAUAUCCAUGACAGUAUAUUUAGCCAAAUUGUGCAAAUUGACGGUUUUAUAUAAUAAUAU